AUGCUCAUAUAUCUCUUCACAAUCCUCCUCGCUCUUCCACCGGCUCGCGCAGGCGUAGGCGGCUGGGACGACUUUUCGAACAAUCUCGCAACCGAUCUCGCACCGUUUCUGUCUCUGUUUGGUGAACAAAUAACGAAACAGUAUAUGAGUGAGAGCACUACCUUAAUGGAUUAUUUCAUUUUCGCCAUGGCACCAAUGGGCAUCCUCACAGCAGUCGUUUCCGCAAUUCGAGUGUGUGGAACCGCAUCGCUUCGUGCCUUCAUCGGCAGAGCUCAAGAAGGAGCGGGCAACGCAGAAGCUGAGCUGUGCUCUUCCACAAGCCGGGACGUGUGUGAGCUAUACAAUAAUGGAGGCAUCGCGCGCGUCUUUGGCCGUCCCAAGAUUCUCGAGGUUGUUCAUGACCCAAAUCAUGAUUUCAGCAACAAAAGCGACGAUACUGCGGGGAUAUACACCUUCCAGGAAUUUGUUCAGGGCAAAGGCAGGUCCAUUUGGCAGAAGGAAAAGUCAAGGAAAGAGAAUAUGAAGCAGAAAGACCCGGAGUCAGAGAUGAAACAAGAACAAGAUACUCCUCACACGGUCUUUUCUCCGAACCUCUCCCUAAAUAUCGGGAUUAAGAAGCAACCCGAUGCUGUUUUCAAGGCCAUUGCUGUUGGAGGUCUGAUUCUGCAAUCUGCUGUUUUGGUUUUCGCUGGUGUUGUCACAUACUACCUGAGAUGGGAGAAGAAUGGUAGUCGCCCAGAAGCCUAUGCGUGUCCACUGCUGAUCAUCGGGACUGUUCUUGUCUGCGGUGGAAUGUUUUAUUGCGCUUUUCUUGUGGGCCAGAGCACAGAUGAAGACGUCUGGCUUCGACGAAAGGACAAGGCAGACAACUCAUCUAUGUAUUGGAUACAGCCGGGCAAUCAAAUUAUUGGUGAUCAAACAUUCGAUGCCUUCUCGCAUACGGACUGUGACGAUCGUCUAGAAAAGUACACGACUUCAAGGAGGAAGACAGGGCCUAGAGAAUGGAAAUUAGAAGUCUGGACAGCCACCGGAGUCACUCUCACUGGCUUUGUCCUCCAGUUUACUGGGCUCCGGGGCAUACACUCGGCAGUUGCUGUAGCUCAGCUGGGAGUUGUUAUGGUGAUGAGCACGGCGCGAGCUGCCCUUCGCAUGGAGCGGUUCAAGGCCGAUGCGAACUUCUUUGCCAAGUUUCCAGAUGAAGUUCUCGGUCAUGAACUAGACUGGCUCGCCUUGCGUAUUGGUCGAAACAUCAUAAAAAACGAUUUAAAAGAUGACACCAAGAAAGAAAUCGGGAAAGACGACUUGCCACUUCGGUCGUCAUCUCCUAGUCUUUCCUGCUCCUCCAAAACAUCGGACCGGUCACCGUCCAUUCCUCAACCUCGUUACCUCUGGAGAUUUAAAGGUACAACUAAAGCCACUAAUGCGGUCAGAAUUAGCCGCAGGGACCCAACUUCCAACAUGCCACAUAGUGCCGCCGCUAUACUAUUGGCAUAUCGCACCCGCCUUGCAUCGCUCACGGUCUCAUCCAUUGCCCCUGCCAGGAAUUUCAAGACUGAAAUGGUUGAGGUCCGAACAGAAAGUCAACAGCUGGCGACCUUGAUUGAGGCUACCGUGAACACCAUGUUUUCCAAGGCCGAGAUCAAGAAAGAGUGGAAGGAAGCUGAUGCUGUAUCCAUGUUUUGGGGCAUUGACUGUACCAUCUCCGAACAGCCCAAAGACACCACGAUAUCAUCGAAGGACCACAGGCUGUACCUAGAAUUCAAUCGUCUGGAUACCGGGAAACCCUGGGUCCUCAAGAGCCGCAUGAAGCUCGAAGGGCUCUUGGGACUAUGGACUUGGUCACUGAAGUCAGAUCCAGCUAUAGAGACCGAAGACCCAGACACUGGUCUCAGAAACUCCAGAGCUGACCAAAUCCAGACACGACGGGUUCUUUCAACUGAACAAGUUGUGAACGCAGAUUUGCCAAUAUGGCUCGGUGACGACCUGAACACUAUGACGGAAUACAAUCUGCCUGUUUCAUCCGAUCUCAGUGACUUGAGUGCCCUAUGGAAGAAACGGGGAGAUGACGUCGAACAGACAAAGAACCCACUGCCAGUCACGCCUAAUGAGACGCUCCUUCGGUUCUUUGGCCAAAAAGCUGCACAAUUGUCGCAGAAUCAGGUCUCCAAGACGUCUAGCCUCUUCUCUACUCCAAUUAACGGCUCUCUCGUGUCAGCAUGUGCCCAGGAGGUAUUUUCAUCAUUUCUCGAGAGCAUUCUCGACAUUGUGGAUGACAUUGGACCCGUUAAUCUUCAAGAAACCGAACCCUUUCGACUUCAGAAUAGCCUUGUGACUGAGGUUGUUAGACUAUUUACGGAGAUGCAUGUGGGCCCGAGGCACGAGGCUCUUCAUUGUGUCGUGCCUCUGAUGAUAUCUCACCUGAAGACGCCCUCUUCAGAAAGUGUUUUGGCAGCCGCGGGGAAAAGUGCGACCCAGCAACGCAAAAGCGACGAGUGGAGGAAGGCUGAAGAAAUGCUGCGAUGGGUGUGGAGAAUCUGUAUUCAAUCUCAAUCCUCCCAGGAUACGCCCGAAGAAAACGGGAACCAGCAACCUGGCUCUAAACACUCUCUUACUGAGUUAGCGACAAUUGCGCUAGGCGAACUGUACAGGUGGGCUUUAGUCGACACAAAAACUAGACCAUUCGGAAUAGAUGGAAUCUCCUGGCUCGAGAGACAGAAGCCUGAUCACUCGGAAUCUAUUUGCAAGGUCAUCGACCGCUAUGUUACUGUUGCAAAUGGAGUUGAACGAAAUGAAGACAGCAGCGCUGACCUUAUAACUGCAACGAAAAACGGUUGCUUGACGACAACAUUGCUCGCUCUCACUCGUCCGGUAUCCAAUAUAGAGAGCGAGCAGAAAGGGAAUGCUCUUUGCUUAGCGGCUAAGCAUGGCUGGGCUGAAGUGGUACACGCGUUGCUUGAGCUCAACACUGCGCCGGAUUUCCAGAAUGCAGCAGGCAGAACGCCAUUAUCAUACGCAGCAGUAAAUGGCAACGUCGACAUCGCAAGAGACCUCCUUUACUGGGGGAGCUUCCCAGACUUGGGGUGCCCUCAAAACAGGACACCUUUGUCAUAUGCGUCAGAGUCAGGAGCUCACCGGAUCGUUGAGAUGUUGCUAAGCGAUAUACGUGUCUCUCCAGAUCGCAAAGACAAAAAUGAACUGACACCACUGUGUUGGGCUGCAAGAAACGCUCGUGACAUUGUAGUCGAGCAGCUACUCAAUACGGGUAAGGUCGACCCGGAUGCGAUGAAGAGCAAGGGGGGAACUCCACUGUGGUGGGCGGCAUUAGAAGGCCAUGAGAGUAUUGUGCAGCGGCUACUCAAUACUGGCAAAGUUGACCCAAAUGCACGCAAUAACGGCAAUGAAAGCAAUAAUAUAGCAUCAAGGGCAAUGACACCACUAAGCAAUGCGGCAUGCAGAGGCCAUGAGACCAUCGUCAGGAUGUUACUUGAGACCGACAAGGUCAACCCAGUUUCGAGAAAUGAGUGGGGGGCGACGCCAUUGCAUUGGGCGGCAGGACACGGGCAUCAAAACAUCGUGAGACAGCUUCUCGAGACCGGAAAGGUCGAUCCGGACGCAAUAGAGGACCAUGGCAACACUCCGCUAAGCAAGGCGGCCUACAAUGGGCAUGAGAUCAUCGUCAAGAUGUUACUCGAGAUAGAACAAGUCGACCCAAAUGCGGUGGACCAAAGCGGACGCACACCAUUGACCCAAGCAGCCAAAAGGGGGCAUGAUGCUAUCGUUAAGCUGCUACUUAAGACCAGUAGGGCUGACCCGAAUCCAAGGGAUGAUUGGAAAAAGACACCAUUGCAUUGGGCAACACGAUUUGGGCAGAGCGGCGUCAUCAAACAGCUACUCGAAAGUAAUCUGGUCGAUCCAGACGCGAAGGACAUUCAGGGACACACGCCUUUGUGGGAGGCAAGAUAUUAUGGACAUGAUGCUAUCGUCGCGCAACUACUUGAGACCAACAAGGUUGAUCCUGACCCAAAAGAGACUUGUGAUUUUGUCGCGGCCAAUAUGGCAGCCAGGCAAUGGAAGAUUCCCGAGGCAGUUGUGGCAGCAAGGAAACGAAAUCACCCCCUCCAGCAGAGAAACGGGAUUUCCGAAGCAUGUUUGGCACGAAGAAAGUGGGACUUAUGUAAUGCAUUAUCAGGCCAAUUCAGAGUGUUCAAAUAA